AUGUCGUCGCAACCAGAUAUAAACAGUCUGCUGCACAACAUGUGUGCACAGAUUCAGGCGUUAACAAAUCAGCUCGCCGAGAUUCAAGCCGCCCCAGCAGCGGAAUCUACGGUUGAGCAAAAGUUCAACAAGAAAGUCGAGAUUGUUGCUGACCCCGGCGCUUUCAAAGGAGAUAGGGCGCGAUUUGCCGAAUGGUGGAUCAAGCUCCAGAUUUGGAUCAAAGCGAACUGGGACGCAUUCACUGAUGAUUUUGAAAUAGCGACGGCUGUGCUAUCAAGGCUGAAAGGACCUGUGGCGGGUCAAUAUGCCCAAGUAAGAAUGCAGGAGUGCUACACAGCGGGAGUGUGGCCUACCUGGGAUGAUCUCAAAGUCGAGAUCGAAAAAUACUUCAAACCCCAAGCUGAGCGUGACGGGGCACAUCAGCAAAUCCGUACCUUCAAACAAGGAAACAUGAGGACAGAUGACUUUGUUACCCAGUUUCUGGCCCUCUCCAUUCAAGGGGGUCUAGGGAAUGAACAUGCAGUGGAGUUGUUGAAGCACAAUAACCUUGCAGCAGCUGCUGAGGAGGUUCGAAAAAUUGGUAGGGCGAUAGAGUUCUACAAUAUGCAAUUUGGUGGCGGGUCCACCACCAAAAACAAUGUAUCCCAGAGGUGCCCUGGGUCAUCAAACCACCAUAAUCACUCUCACUGGUUCAAACUGUUUGGGCUGCAACCAGGGCAGGGAGCCCCUAUGGAUAUCGGCGUGAGGGACACAUGCCCCAAGAUUGCAAAAACGGGGUGCCGGCCGCCCAACAAAAAAAAUAAUCAAGGGCGCCAGGCACGCCAACUAGAAACAGAGAAACCCGACAAUCAGCUCCAGACUCUGGCCGGUCGUUCAUACGACGAGAUCCGGGCCUUCUUUUACAACCAGCAGGUCGCUGAGAUAAAGGUUUAG